CCGUCAGCAAAAUUUGCUGCCAUCUUGCUCGUGUCGCUGAAGUUGUGCGGUUGUGCUUCUGGAACAAGAUCGCACAACCACUCACAUUUUUUUGUGAAUAAAAAAAAAUACCAACAAAAAUAUACAAAAAAAACAUAAAAAUACAAAAAACCACCCCCAAAAAAAUCGCAAAAUCGUGAAAAAAGCAAAACAACACCCCCUUAACAUCGUAUUUUUUUGAUUUUCGCAAAAAGAAUCAUUGCCAAACAGUGUCUGUGUGUGCGGGAAAGUCGUGCGUGAAACGAAAGAAAAAAUCGUCGACGUCAGGAGCCCACUGCAUUACCGAAGCAGCUCAACAGCGUACAGCGUAGCAUUUUGUUUUUUUUUGGUGAAGAGAAGCUAGUUUCCAAGCGGUGGUCGGGAAGGAUUUUUAUCGUCUGAAAAAUCUUUCACUUUUGCUCGUUGACUCAACCAGCGGCAUCCAUCACCCACCCCUUUUUUGUGGAAAGGAGCGACGGAAACUUUCCAACCUCUCCACCCGGUCGAGAAGCAACGUGUCAGUGAGUGCGUGAUUGGAAUUUUCGAAUAAAACUUCCCCCCGGUCGAAACCCACGUGCGUGUGUGUGCGCGUGCACUGUGCCAGGCCAAGUGAAAGUCCCCGCUAGCGAGUCAUCACUUCAUCGGAAAGCCGGAAAAGCGCCCAAGAUCCUCCAACCACAAUGAAUCCCGGAGCACCGAACUACCAGAUGGCAUCGCUGUACGUAGGCGAUCUGCACUCGGACAUUACCGAGGCGACGCUGUUCGAGAAGUUCUCGUCGGCCGGACCGGUACUGUCCAUUCGCGUAUGCCGUGAUUUGAUCACUCGCCGUUCCCUGGGCUAUGCGUACGUGAACUUCCAGCAGCCUGCCGAUGCUGAACGUGCGCUGGAUACAAUGAACUUCGAUCCGAUUAAGGGACGCCCAAUCCGCAUUAUGUGGUCGCAGCGAGAUCCUUCGCUGCGCAAAUCCGGCGUGGGUAAUGUGUUCAUCAAGAAUCUGGAUAAAAAAAUCGACAACAAGGCUAUGUACGAUACGUUUUCGGCAUUUGGCAACAUUCUAAGCUGCAAGGUAGCCCAGGACGAGAAGGGCCAGAGCAAGGGUUACGGUUUCGUGCACUUUGAGACGGAGGAAUCGGCCAACAAGUCCAUCGAUAAAGUAAAUGGCAAGUUGCUGAACGAGAAGAAGGUGUACGUCGGCCGGUUCAUCUCGCGCAAGGAGCGCGAGAAGGAGCUGGGCGAAAAGGCUAAGCUGUUCACGAACGUGUACGUCAAGAACUUCGGCGAAGAUCUGACCGAGGAGGCGCUGCGCGAUAUGUUCGAGAAGUAUGGUCCGAUCACGAGCCACCGUGUGAUGACGAAGGAGGGCAAGAGCCGUGGAUUCGGCUUUGUCGCUUUCGAGAGCCCGGAGGCGGCUGAAAGGGCGGUUCAGGAGCUGAACAACAAGGAACUGUCCGACGGAAAGAUGUUGUAUGUGGGUCGUGCCCAGAAAAAGAACGAACGCCAGAUGGAGCUGAAGCGCCGGUUCGAGCAGCUGAAGAUGGAGCGUUUAACACGUUACCAUGGCGUGAAUCUGUACGUUAAGAACCUGGAUGACACGAUUGACGAUGAGCGUCUGCGUAAGGAAUUCGCCCCGUACGGUACGAUUACGUCGGCCAAGGUUAUGCUGGAUGAGGGUCGCUCGAAGGGCUUCGGUUUUGUGUGCUUCUCGGCACCGGACGAAGCCACAAAGGCGGUCACCGAGAUGAACGGUCGCAUCGUGGGCAGUAAGCCACUGUAUGUAGCACUUGCCCAGCGUAAGGAGGAGCGUAAAUCGCACCUGGCGAGCCAGUACAUCCAGCGUGUAAAUAGCCUGCGCAUGCAGCACAUUGGACAAGUAUACCAGCAGAGUGGCAGCUACUUUGUGCCUACCAUUGCCCAGCCCCAGCGCUUCUACGGGCCGCAGGUUGCACCGGUUCGCACAGCACCACGCUGGUCCGCCAGUGCUCAGAUUCGCCCUAAUGCCGGCAACCAAAAUGUGGCCGCAAAUGCACCGACCGGUGGAUAUCCGGCGAUUACUGCCGCACACGUCGCCAACAAUCAGUACCGCCAGGCGGGUAAUGUACGCGGUGCUAAUCAACAGGCACCGAACGCUCAAUCGGCCCAAGCUUCUUCGGCGGCAAUGCGUAACGCUGCCCGUCCGAUUACUGGCCAGCAGACUGCAGCGAACAUGCAAACGCGCCCGGUUGCGCCACAAUUGGCUGCUGGACAAACGCGCGCUCCGAACUACAAGUUUACGCAGGCGAUGCGCAACCCGCAGGUACCGCAGCCGGUUCCGAUUCCAGCACCACCCGUUGCCCAGCAAGCUGUCAUCGUUAAAGGUCAAGAACCGCUUACUGCCAGCAUGUUGGCCGCUGCUCAACCGGCUGAACAGAAGCAGAUGCUUGGAGAGCGUCUGUUCCCGCUCAUUGAAUUGAUAUAUCCGAACCUUGCCGGUAAAAUCACGGGAAUGUUGCUCGAGAUUGACAACUCGGAGCUGUUGCACAUGCUGGAGCACAAGGAAUCGCUCACGGCGAAGACUGAAGAAGCAGUGGCUGUGCUGCAGGCACAUCACAAGACUUCGACGCAGCCUAACUAAAGCGCCGGACGAACUGCGCAUAAAAGCUGAAGCCGUUUGAAUGCCGUGUACUUCGGUCCUUCGGUGCGGGACCCCCCAUUCUCAGUUGAGCGUCAGAAUCAGGAUUGUAACCGAGUUGUAACUUGCCGUGUAGAUGUUGUGGGUAAAUUAAAUUAAACGAACCUUUCAGCUGUAUGCACGUUUGCAGGUGUAUUUUUGUUUUGUAUCGGUGGCUAGUGAUUCGCGCUUAUGCCAAACGAUGGGUGGUCCGUGCGCGAGGGAUCACGCGCACCAGCCGGCGUCCGAUUUUUUUCAUUAUUCAUACUAUAAUAUUGAAUAUGUCAUUUACUCGUAACCGGCGCUAAACGAUUUCCCAGCUUAUGCGGAGCACUUUGCGCACGCUGCAAAUUUCUUAUUACGAUAAUAUAACCUAUCAAAUAUAUUACGCAAAAAAUAUAUGUAUGAAUUAUAUAUAUAAAAAACACAAAAAAAUGGAAAACAAACUAUAAAAAUCGUAACUGAAAAAGGUAACUUAAAAAAGAUUGCAAAAUGAAAAUGAAAUGUCCUCUUCGCGAAGAUGAGAGAGAGAAAAAAGGGAAAGAGAGAAAAGGUCGAGGAGCAGGAACGACAAAAGAGCAACAUAAAAACAGAAAAUUCAUUUAAAAAAACAGUAAACAGCAGAAAAUGUGAGCAAUGAUUAAUUUUCGAGAGUACCUUCAAUAAGUGAACCAUGGAAUCAUUUGUCAGGACAAGUGAAAAAUUGAGUAACUUGAAAUAUAAACAAAGAAUUGUAGAGCAAAACAGAAUUUAAACAGUAAUAAAGAUCGGAAGAAAAGAUCUAAACUUGGAGUAUGAACACAAUUAACAAGCGAUUCGUAAAUUAGAAAAGGAGCCCAGAGACACGCCGCCAAAGGUGAGGUGUGUGCGCCACAUACUACAUACCACACAACAUUGGAACGUUCUAGGAAGAAAAAAUGCGAUCCUAUUUCAAUGAGAUACAACAGAACAACCGAUGCGACAGUCUAAAUAUGCAAACGAAAUAAAAGCAAAAAUUGAAGAAAAUAACCAAAAAAACUGAAAACGUAUAAAAACAAAAAAGAGAAAAAACUUUCGUGAGAUGGACGGAUAUGAUGGAGGAGGGAGGAUGAAGCCUGCUGGUGUGGUAGAAGAAGGUAAUGCUUACGAGAAAGCAACACUAAAACGAGUACAGUACAUCGUUCAGGCACGAGAAAACGGGAUAAAAAUAACAACAGACAAAAAAACUGAAAAACUUGCAACUAACGAAAAUUCAAACAAACAAAAAAGGAUAAGAAACGUACAAUAUGGGAUGAGAGGAAUUAUUGUUCCGUUUGAUGAUGUAUGAAGCAGCAGGUCUGUAGGACGAACGGAUCUUGGAUGUUUGAUUAUCUUUUUGUUUUCGUUUUAAAUAUGGUUUUCGCUGUUGUCAUUAAAACCUACAGACGUUAGUAAACAUUGCACGAGAGCAUCAAUUAGGAACCGGCUUAACAAGCAAUUGGGACCCUGAGGGUGGUUGAAGACGAAUCCCGAUUAGGACGAGCUCAGGUCAGAGGCUUAACAGGGCAACCCCCCGACAAUGACUAAAAAAUCAAGCCGAUGGUGAUGAUGAUUAGAGUAGGCAGGCGUUGUUGCCUUCUGAUUGUCCCGUCGUGUCGGUGAGGGUUGUAGCUACCAACUGUCAGUUAUUAGGACCCAUUCAGUUAAGGUGUGCAGUACACUGUAGCAGCAAGAGAGCGAAUUUUGAUACGGGAACCGCUCGCGAUUAAGUUAUGCGUUUGGUUCACCCCAGCUGCAUUGCUUAUUUUUUCUCGUACUUGUAGUAGCUUUUUCAAUAUUUGAUUGAAAGUCUUUUUUACUCCACCAGGAAUGAUACCCUACGCUAGAAAAAUGUCUAGGCGAGUUGUGCAUUGCUUUUGCAGCUUUGCAGCUUUGAAAGUGAGAGAAAAGAAAUGAGAAGAUGAAUUGUAAAUGUGCUGCGACUUUAUUUUGCGCGCAGAGAAACUAAAGAGCCAAUUGAGGAAGGAAAUCCACGACGUCAGUUUCACUUUUCGAUAACUACCGAAGAUCCAAAUUGUAGAAGAGCGCGGACAACCAUUUUUGCGUUUUGCGGCACACAUAAAAUGCACACAUCCACGCAAAUGGGUAAAAUGCGCUUAUUCUGAAAAAAAAACAAGUUAGCCGUCUUUUUUGUUUUAUGAACACACCAUCUGUCUCACCGAGCUAAUAAACGGCACUGAUAGCAGCGUAAUGCGAAGGGAGAGCUUGAGCCUUGCUAGGUCUCAGAUAUAUUUACGUUGAACAUUUCAAACACCGACUAAAGCAUUUUUGUUGUUUACGAGUCAUUGCAGCACGAAUAGGCGAGAAGAACAUCGGCUCUCAAGUGCUGUUUCCAUCAAGCGAUGAUGGGGUUGGUGUAAACAAACCAAUAAGCAAUUAAAUUUUGCGAUUAAACAACUGGGGAGAAACAAAUAAAACCCGAACCUCCAGCGCGCAUUCACACGCAACCCAGUAAAUUUGUUUCCGAAGAAGAUUUACGCAACAGUUCAGUUAGUAUUUGACAGAUCCGGACAUUCAAAAUUAAAUAAGCAACAACAUUUUCAAACCACACAUACACACACAUGUUUCUAUUUCAAUAAAGCGAUAAGAUCCGGGAAUGA